AUGGCUGCCCCCACCCCCUACUUUGAGCCCAAGCCCCCGGGGUUCCUGGCCAACAGGCCCAUUAUCGGCGGGCUGCCAGGCUACACGUCGUUCAGAAACAAGCUUUGGGUGGACACCAACCCCAAAAAUGGGGAGGUGACCCUGCGUUGCGUCAACACUGACAUCGUGCGCAUUCGCCCGAUUGGCGAGAUCAUCCUCACCACUGGUGGCUACUACACGGUGCGGUCCAAGGAAGGCCGCGUGACAGAAGGCAGGUGGGUGGCGUACGACAACCACGGGCGGUCCUACCCCUACGCGGACGACCUCGUCAUCCCGGCAUCAGACCCGCGCGACAGCCAGCGCGGCCGCGUGGCCAUGGCGGCGGUGCAGCGGGAGAUUCGGCUGGGGGGGAUCAACUGGGGCGGCCGCGGGGGGCACAGCGCGCCGGGGAAGCUGCCGCCACCGCCCCCGCCCGCGGCGAAGGGGCCCGCGGCGCCGCCAGCGGGGGCGGCGCCGCGGCCGGCAGCUGGGAGCCGGCCGCUCGCAGCCUCGGCGGCGCCGUGGCAGCCGGCACAGCAGAAGCAGCAGCAGCAGCAGCAGCAGCCGGCACCAACAACGGGGCCAAGUGCCGCGGCAACGGCGGCUGCGCCACUGGCAUGGGGCACGUUCCCGCCUGAAGCAGCAGCACGGCCUGCCUCUAGCCGACCGCCGCCGCCAGGAUUCGGUCCCCGGGCCCCUGCGGCCCCUGCAGCCCCCGCGGCCCCUGCGGCCCCCGCGGUUCCCACCCAUGCACCUGAGCCCGCCGCGCCUGCGCCCGCACGUGGCGUGUGGGGCGCGGGCAUGUCUGCCGCCCAGCGGCUGAAGCACGCAGCGGCGGCCCAGCAGCAGAGCGCGGCGCUCGCGCAGCAGCGGCAGCAUCAGGCAGCGGCGGCGGCGGCGGCGGGCGGUGGGGAGCGCAAGUCUGUCCACGAGCAGCUGGCGGAGGCGGCGGCGGCGCUGGACCUGGCGGGAGGGGGGCAGGCGGAGCACAUAGACGAGGAGCACCUGUGA